AUGGACGGCAGCGAUACCUCGCUGUCGCUCCCAAGCCCUCGGCGGCUGGCCGGCACGCGCCUCGACUCGAGUCCACGCGCGGUGAUGGACUCGCCGACGCUGGUCGUGCGUACGCAACAGAAUCGGGGGGAAGCGCUGCCCGAGUGCUCGUCGCCGCUCUUUCUGGGCGAGCAGCCCAGCUCGCCGAGCCCCGCGUCGCCACGGCCCGCGCGCGUGCGGCGCCCACGUCUCACAGCACAGGAGCGCGCAGAGAAUCAGGCCGAACGCGUGCGGGCGCUGGCCGAGCGCCAGCGAUGGCGCGAUGCGAACCGUAUCCGCCAGCGGCGCGCCGAUACCAUGCAGGACCUGCACGUCCGCGUUGACGCGUCGCUUGUGCAUGGCGCACUCGCGCCUGUGAUGAGCGACCUGCGCGAAAAGAUGGAGGCGGAUGGCGCACAACUACAUACGAUUGCCGCGUCGCUCACCGCACAGACCUCGCCGGCGUUUGGACGCGUCGCGUUUGAGCGCAAAGUGCGGUCCGAGUACGACGCGAUCCAGAAGCUAUGGGCGCCGCUCGACGAGGAGCAUACACUGCGUGAGUCGACACUUUUGCAUAUUUGCACUGCUGCUGAGUUCCUUGCAGCCAUGGAGGACCAGAGCCUCGUGUUGCGUAUCCAAGCGCCGCUUCCGACAGUCGGCGCCGACGUGCUGCAAGACGGGCCGCCGCGCCACGUCCUCGUUCUCCUUGGACUCGAUACCCAUUUAAAGCAGCGGCGGACUGCACAGAACCGGGCAUACACAGAAAGUAUCCGGCAGCGUAUGCAGUCGGGCGGCGCGCCGCUGCGUCUGCCGAGCGAAGAGAGCGUGCGGGCAGAAAUUGAUCGCGUCCUGCUGCAACUGCAGAUGCUACAUGCAUGCCACGUCGUGCGCAUUCCGGCGCUAUCCGAUGCGGUCGACUGGCUGCACUCGAUUGCAUGCGACGUAUCCAUCCGGCCAUACAAGCUCUUGGAGCGGGCGAGCACCGCGCCGAUCCGCGCAUCGCGUACGAUUACCGGUACAUCGAAUCUCGCCACGUUCCAGGGGAUGCUCGAGCAGAUCCCGCGAUGCACUGCACCGGCGACUUAUGCCAUCACCGCAAAAUACCCCACCUUUCGUGCGCUGAUGGAGGCAUAUGCCGUGUGCACACCCGAGCAAGGCGCCGUGCUCCUUGCUCCACUCGAGCUUUCCAAGCGCAUCUAUGAGGUGAUGACGUCGCUCGAUGGGAGCAUGUCGGUAGAAAACUAA